UUUCCCCCAAAGAUGACAAAGCCUAGAGCGGACCUCUAUUACUAUACCCCUACAUUCACUGGUGCAGUUAUCACCGCCUCCAUCUUCUGCGUCCUCGCCAUCAUCCACGCUGGUCUUCUCUUCCGAACCAAGACAUGGUUCUGCACGCCGCUUCUUAUCGGUGCACUCUGCGAAGUGGUAGGCUUCACGGCGCGAGCCUACUCGCACUCGAACAAGACGUACUCGACCACCAACGCCGGACCCCUGAUCGCACUGAUAAUCCAAGCCUGUCUCAUCCUCCUCGCACCCGUUCUGUUCUCUGCAACCGUCUACAUGUUUCUAGGGCGCAUAAUGCGCGCAACGGGACAGACGGCGCUCUCGCCUCUCAACAUCAGGUACCUGACCAAGAUAUUCGUCUGGUGCGACAUCAUCUUGCUCAAUCUCCAGAGCACGGGUGCAAGUCUGUUCACCAACAGUCGUGGGAAGGCUUGGAUGAGUGAUUUGGGUCGUGCAAUUGUGUUGGUGGGGCUUGUGGCGCAGAUUGGAACGUUUGGAUUUUUUGUAACUGUUGCUGGACGGUGGCAUUGGAGGAUGAACAAUCUGCAUCCGAGGAGUAUUGCGAUGGGUGGCUUUCGAUGGGAGAGACCAAUAUAUAUGCUGUACGGUGUGAGUGCAAUAAUCACGGGGAGGAACUUGUACAGGGUUACCGAGUUUGCUAUGGGCGGUAAGUUGAUCUUCUUUGGCCAUUGUUGGAGGGUUGUUGCUGACCGGUUUAUUAUAGAAGAUGGGUAUUUGAAUGUGAAUGAGUGGCCUGUAUAUGCAUUAGAUGCUGCCUUCAUGAUCGUGGUACUGAGUAUCUGUGCGUUUUGGUACGUGGGCAAUAUCCAUGAAAGAAACCAGCGACGUGAAAGCGUGGAGUUGAUGGUACAGGGAGAGUCCAUCGGUGAAGGACGUGCCAAGGAGAAAGACGUUGCGGAAGCAAAAGCAAAAGCAAAAGCAUCUGCUGUAUUAAACAUUGUAUUCUUAGGGGUUCCCGGUCUUGUGCUGGGAUUGCUGAAACGGAGACGAACUUGA